GAUGGCAACGAAACGGCAACGCGUGGCUCAAUGGAAGGGAUGAGAAGGGAGUAAAAAAGAAAAGGAAGAAGGACGACGGUGCGGCUCUCUAUGUGAAUAAGCUGUGGUGAUCUUGUGUUGCUGGUUGUGCGUGGUUGUGUUUUCCGAAGCAGGCGCGCUCAGUGACACCUGUUGCUUCGUGUACGACGGAAGGAAGGAAGAUUAUAUUAUAGAUAUAUAUUUUUGUGCGGUGAGGAACGCGAGAUCGCGGUUUAAACAUUCGAACGCGAAGGACAUGGCCGGCUCCUCGGAAGUACGGACACUUCUUUCUCGACACAAAGCGGCUCUUUUGCGAGAAUUAAACGGUACCGAUCUCCUCGGUGGUCUUGUUAAACGCGGCGUUAUAAAUGAAGUUGACAGAGACGCGGUUGCGGGCAAUGCCGAUCGUACGAGCGACGCCGAUGUCGAUCUUUUCAUCGAUGUUAUUGGUGCCAAAGGUUUCGACGCUUUUCGUGAGUUUUGUUUCGCCCUCGAAGCCGAGUGUCCACAUGUUCUUACGGAUCUACUCGUCGAUCAGCACAGUAUAACCGGUGAACAUCAGCAACAAUUAUUGCGCGAUGAAAAGUUACGAAAUGAAAAUGAAAACGAGCACGACGACGAGAAGGACGAGGACGUCAAGACCAGUGACUCGGAAGAGCAGCCGCAAACGAUGCUGGACAAACACCUCGAGGCUCAACAGCAGGAUGAUCAGACGAGGACAGAAAUGAUUCGGGAUAACGACGCCGAUAUCAAGGAGUGCCCCCUUUCGGACUCGCGUCGACGCAGUGAUUUUCAAGAGCAUUCGCGAGGCGGCUCCAUAUCCCCAACGCCUUCGGGAACUCCUCCACCACCUCCGAAUCACUGUCCGCCGUACAUUCAUCCCAAUGGCAUUUCAACGGGUUCUGAUCCCAUUCUCGAAGUCUUGGACGAACCUGUCGACGAACCGGUCGGUGACAGGGGUUGGGAGGUUCAUCAUGUCACGGUGACACGAGUGCCCGGCUAUGGUUUUGGGAUCGCAGUCUCGGGCGGCCGGGACAAUCCACAUUUCACUAAUGGAGACCCGGCAAUCGCGAUUUCCGAUGUACUCAAAGCUGGUCCUGCUGAGGGAAAACUGCAGGUAAAUGACCGGAUAAUUUCGGCGAACGGCGUGUCCCUCGAAGGAGCUGACUAUGGAGCCGCGGUCCGAGUACUCAGAGACUCUGGGUCGACGGUACUGCUCGUCGUCAAGCGAAGGGCAUCGUCGAACUCACCCGGCUCACCUGGCAGCACUGCACCGCAGAGCCAUCGACUGACGCUCACGAGAAACAACAAAAAAGAUGAUUUUGGAAUAGUUCUCGGAUGUCGAUUGUAUGUACGAGAAGUAACGCGCGAGGGAACAGGCGUGAAACCUGGAGAUGUAUUAACGAAAAUAAGCGGAGUUGCGGCGGACAACAUGAGCCUGAAAGAGGCGAGAAAAUUGAUGGACCAGUGCAAAGAUAGAUUGUCCAUUGUGGUUACGAGAGAAGCUCCGACGAACGCGCAAUUAAAUCAUCAAGGGAAAGGCGACAGCGGUGAAUACUUGUCAGGCGCCAGUUACAGCAGUCAAAAUCUUUAUGUGCCACCACCGACGAGGCAACCCCUCGAGGACAAAAGCAAUCUUGCUCCUCGUGGACGAUCGAGGGGUCCUUUGAUGGACGUCUCGUUGAGCCAAUUGGAUUUACCAGCUACUCCAACUGUCGACCCGCCACGACCGCCGCCGCCAAGACCCGAAGAUUAUUACAGCUCAAGGAGGCAGUUGUACGAAGAAGAUCCACUGAUACAAAGGACGAAACAACCCAUGCCGGAUCCUCGGUUCAUCACGUUCCAGAAAGAGGGCUCGGUGGGCGUGAGAUUGACCGGUGGAAAUGAGACCGGUGUUUUCGUCACGGCCGUACAACCCGGCAGUCCUGCCUCGCUGCAGGGCUUGCAACCUGGUGAUAAGAUACUCAAGGUUAACGACAUGGACAUGAAAGGCGUCACGAGGGAGGAAGCGGUACUCUUUCUUCUCAGCCUUCAGGAACAAAUCGAUCUCAUUGUUCAGCACCGACGUCAAGAUUACGAUCAAAUCGUUGCUUCGGGUCGUGGAGAUUCUUUUCAUGUAAAGACCCAUUUCCACUACGAACAGCCUGAAAAAGGUGAAAUGAGUUUUCGGAGCGGAGAUGUUUUCCACGUUGUCGAUACACUGCACAACGGCGUCGUUGGCUCUUGGCAAGUAUUCCGCAUUGGCAGGAAUAACCAGGAAGUUCAAAAAGGCAUAAUACCGAAUAAAGCUCGAGCCGAAGAACUCGCAACUGCUCAGUUCAACGCUACGAAAAAGGAACUCAGCGCGAACGAAAGUCGCGGUAGCUUUUUCAGGCGGAGGAGAGGAAGUCACAGACGAUCCAAAUCUCUCGGAAGGGAUCAUUGGGACGACGUCGUUUUUUCUGACAGCGUUAGUAAAUUUCCUGCUUACGAACGCGUCGUUCUUCGACAUCCGGGUUUCGUGAGACCGGUCGUACUUUUUGGGCCGGUCGCUGAUCUUGCGCGUGAAAAACUACUCAAAGACUUUCCUGAUAAAUUCACGUCACCUCAAAUGGAGAAUCAAAUGGAAGAGGGAAGCAGCAGCAAAAGUACCAAAACUUCGGGGAUUAUUCGGUUAAGCGCGAUAAGAGAAGUAAUGGAUCGAGGAAAGCACGCUCUUUUGGAUAUAACGCCGAAUGCUGUCGAUCGCCUCAAUUAUGCCCAAUUCUAUCCAAUCGUCAUUUUUCUCAAAGCUGAAACGAAACAAGUCGUUAAGGAGAUGAGAGCCGGUAUACCAAAGUCAGCGCACAAGAGUAGCAAAAAAUUAUUGGAGCAGUGUCAAAAGCUCGAUAAAAUAUGGGGCCACGUAUUUAGUGCCGUAAUUACGUUGACCACUCCGGAAACUUGGUACAGAAAGCUCAGAGAGUUGAUCGACCGUCAGCAGCAAGGCCCUUUGUGGAUGAGUCAAACAAAGCCGGAAGAGGCCCUCUCGGAUGAUUUCCUGUUCCCGAUGACUUCUCGCCUCUCCUACGCAUCCUCCCCGGAGAGUGACCUGGAAUUAAGCCCCGCGCCACCCCUUCCCGGUGUAUUGGGACCACCUACGAGACUGAAAAGCAGCUCGGAUCCCAGUAUAGCGACACAGGACGACACCGCAGCGCCACCUCCGUACACCUCCAGUUACCAGGCUUUCGAACAGCACAAAAGACGAUCUCAAGGUGGUGUUGGUGACACGAAAUACGGAUUUUCUAUAACUGGUCAAAUCGUUGAACAACCCGGACAAAUGCAAUAUCCAGGUGGCCCACCACAGCCAAGGUCCCCUCAUCAAGGACCACCCGAUCUUCCACCUCGCGUUGAUCGUAAUGUAAAGCCCAACACUAACCAAACUCCACGCGGUACAGUUGGACGAUCGGCUGCUGAAAGGCUCGUCAAUAAAACUGACUCUGUUCUCGACAUGGGAAAUUAUAUAAACGCGACACCUCAUCGAGCAAAUGCUACUUCGUCCCUCGAACGAGCUCAACCCAAAGCGGGAAGUUACGACAGCAUGUCGUCGUACGAUUCGUACAAUACGAACGGAAACGUAAACUACCCGAACACGGGGUUGAACACGUCGACAGGUCGUUUAGGGCCGAACGUGCCGGACGACCUAAAAAGUAGCAACGUCCCAAUAUCACCGAGAGCUCACGAUCCUUACAGAUUUACAAGGUCAACUGCUCAGCCGAUACCAAGUCAUGAAUCUCAAGCAAGAACAGAUUACGCGAAGUACAGCCGAACGGGUGAUUACAAAACUGUACAAGCGCCACCGGUCGCACCAGGCAAACCAGGAGGUACUUACAAACCAGUCCCACCUCCCAAACCUAAAAACUACAGGCCACCACAACAACCGAUCCUCCAGGAUGAAAAUAACGAUGGAGGGAAUAACAUGUAUCAACAUGCCAAGAGCUACUCAAUGGGCACGACACAUCUUCACAACGGGGUAGAGAACGGUGGAAACACGAUUCAUCGGAACAGCGGACAAUACUAUUACAACAUACCCCCGACAACGAGAAACAACAGCGAAGCCGUUUAUCCACCGGUGAAUUCGAAUCAUUCACACAAUCAUACGUCAGCACCGUCCCACAGUCACAGCCUCAGUCACACGCAUUCGCAUUCGAGUCCACCGAUUACCGCGCAUUCUCACAGCAACAGCGCCGGUCAAAUAACCCUCGGUCAUUCCCACAAUCGUAACAAUGUCAAUCACAAUGGACACAAUCAUAGCAACAGUCAUGGCGGCAGCGGUCACGUUUCCUCCAGUGGCAAUUCUGGACACAACAGAGAGCCAAGCGGUCUGGAUCUCGCUGGAAGUCGGGAGCAGAGGGGAAGCGCUUUUGAACUCUACAGGAAACCUCUCCACCAUCACAACGUGAGGAGAACCGGUAUAGCGCGGGGGGUGUUCGAUAGCGAGGGUGGUAUUCUCGAAGGUCCGGGAGGUGUAAGUCUCACGAUACCUCCCGGUGCAUUGCCAAAGAAUAAACGCCAAGAGAUCUACUUCACUGUUACCGCCGCUCAUGCAUUCGAUUCUUCCCCUAAAAAGAACAGCAAUCGUCCUGGACAACGCGCAUCAAUGUCACCUCCCAUGCAUCACGGUGAGUCUUUGUUGAGCCCGAUGGUUGAGUGCGGUCCCAAAGGUAUAGAGUUUGAGAAUCCGAUCGAACUUCGUAUUCCGCAUAACGCAACCUCAGCCCAUCGACUGGCCCUUAAGGCAACCGACACGGAAAAUCAGUCCAAGACGGAUUGGCUCGAUGUAAAACUGCCCGGUGCUACGUCGGACCAUAUAGUCGUCAAACUCGACCAUUUUUAAUAACCAAGAGAGACAACAAUCAAACUAUGAACCUAGAGAGUCUCUUAAAAAAUGGAAGAAAAAUGAAAAUGAAAAAGGUUUACAUAGGAGAUUGAUAUUGUGGGAGAAAAAAAACGUGGAGAGAGGAAAAUCUUUCAAGUUGUUCUCCCAAUGUGCGAAAAAAAGAGAAACAAUAAAAGAACUGCUAUGAAAAUAUUUUUGAGAAAAUGUUGAAGAUAAAGAAACAAAAAUCUUACGUUCUCUGAGAGAACCUGUCUCAUGCGAUCUUGUUGUUCAAUGUAAUUAUUCCGGCGAUUAAGCCAGCAGUGGUAAGGAGAGCAAGGCUGAAGAUACCAAAUUGAGCUGCAUUUACGAUUUCGUCGUCUUAAUCAUGAAUUAAAAGCUCUGUUACGACAUUGAAUCGAUACAGGGACGCGAGUUCAUAACGCUCACUUCAUUUCAGACUCGAUGUCUUGCUCGUUUGUGCCUCCUAUUUGUGUAUAACAGAAAUGUAUAAUUUCUUAGUUCAGUCAUUUCACACAUAAAGCGUAUUAAAAAGUUAUGUCGUUUAAAUGCAAUGAUUUUGUAUAAAUAUAUAUUUUUUGUAAUUGUAAGUUCAACGUUUUUCUCAUUAUUGCUAUUAUUACAGUUUUUUAUUAAUCGCUGAGUGUUUGCGAGUGAUUGUAUCGUAAAAUGUAUCACUCAGGCUGCGUAGAAUUUGACAAGAUUAGUAAGAAAUCUUGAAGGUAACUGUCAAUGCUUAGAAAAUCUUUGUAAUAAAUUUAAUAACUAAUAAGCUUCUCAUAGAACAACAAUUAAUAUCACAACGAUGAUGAAACGAAAUACGAAAGCUCAAUAUUGUUAAUUUAAUCGAAAAAUAUGUAAGAACGCGUGUUUCUUUUUUCCAAAUAAUUAUUCAAAUUCCUAUGAGAUAUAAAUAUCGAAUCUAUGAAUAAUUGAUGAAACGACUAGAAUAAACGAACGAAGGCAAUAAAAGAAUAAAUACUUGUUGUGCAUUAA